AUGUCAUCACCCAACCUUCCCUCGGGAGCAAGGUCGUUUAUUUUCACGACUACCAGAGGCAAGCGAUGUACAGCGAUACUCAAAGUUGUCCAAUCCAGCAACGUUCGAACGACUACGGGCCGCAAUCCUCGGUUGCCGGUGACAACCACGACGUCGACGACAGCUAUUGAAGCGACAACGACUACGAUAGAAGAGACAAGUAGGGAGGAAAAUCCGGUACCAAUCAACACCAGUGCGAGCCCGCCUCCGCCACUGGAGGACGAUUUAUUGCCGGGUUUAACGAGUACGACGAGCACACCAGCCACAACAUCCAGUAUAGCCAUUACGAGCACCUCUUCGCCCUUGCUCUUGACAUCAAGACCUGUAACAGAAGAGAGUCCUGCUAGCCAAGAGACUGAGACUUCACUGGGAGCAAGCAUUGUGAAAGUAACAGCCUCAGAAAUAUCCCCGGAUGAUGUGGUAACAACGCCUUUGGCUAGCACGGUUGCCAACCUCCAGCCAUCAUCGGACAACAAUGCAGCACAGACCACGGAAACCCCGAGUAUUAUUCCGACUAUAAGCUCGAUUCUGAGCACCAACAACAACAGCGAAGCCGCGAAGGUGGCUGGAGGCGUGCUCAGUGGUCUUGUGGUUCUCAGUCUCGUUGGACUCUUUUUCUGGCUUUGGAGGCGACGGAGACUGCAGAAGAGAAGGAGAACCCUUUUGACUCCUCUGGGCACUGGUCCGGGGACAAACCCAGACAGGAAUGAAAAGAUGCCUUACAUCAUUAGUCGACGUAGCAUUGGGCCUACGGCGAUGUUUGCAAAGGCAAAGACCGCUCUAGGUCACAAUGUGAAGAGGAUCCGAGAGCGUAUCAGUCAGACCUUUUCAGAAGGAAGCAUCCGGAUAUUAUCACCUUCCAACCGACCCCAGUCUCAGGGACUGCUCAGCAGGCACGGUCGAAACCCCUCACUGGUGCCUACCAACGAGGUGAAAGGGAAGGGGUCGGUGAAGGCGAGCAUCUUGAGCUGGUGGUCUCGAAUAACAUCCCAUAUGUACACCAGCAAACGGCACAAUGACGAGGUUGUUCGAGACAGAUAUCCCGGUACAGGAAAUACCAGCGAAAGGAAGGCCAGGCUCCAGUACCAACCCGACUUCCUCACAUUGAUACGGAUGGACAACGAUGAUCUUGGCCAUGAAGCCCAAGGACAGCAGCGUCGGGACAGUGACAAAGUCCCAAAGGCACAGCCAUUGCACCUUGGUAACGAGCGCGACACCCCCUUCAGAGACCCCAACACGCUCCGCCGCAAAUCAGCCAUACCAGCGCCCCUAGCCGCCGGUACCGGUUAUUCCGACGGCAACAACCCUUUCAGUGACCGUGUUCCUAGACCUCCGCCAACCACAACCACAUACAACCGCAUUGAGGACCGCCGCCACCGCCGCCGCAGGCAAUCACGGGGUCUCUCCAUCAGUACCAAUGCCAACACCACGAGCAUGACAGCAAACCCAAGUCGACAGCCCAGCACCCACACAACCUACCGCGAGAGCAUCGACUCCUCCUUCACCACCCACCGGAAUAAAUUCCGCUCCGAUUCUUUUGACCUUGAGCGGCCUGAGCUCUUGGGCCACGGUGUUCCGCAGGUUAUUAUGGGAAGUCAAGGGACGGCAACGACAGGAGGGCCUAGACAUCCACCCAGCGCUCAUACCCGCCAGGAGAGCUUGGGUGGUGGUGGUGGUUCGUCGAGGUACUCGUCGUACUUGAGCGGUGGUGUCGUUAGUUUGGAUGAUGAUGAUGAUGAGUGGAGAGAUCCGGGGCCGGAUGUAGGUGUUGGUCUUACUUCUUCUGCUGCUGGGAAUGGGGGUUAUGGGAGGGUGAGGGGUGGGAGUGUUAGUGUUAGUGUUAGUGUUGGACGGGGUGGUGGAAGGAAAAUGAGCGUGGGACGAGCGAUGUAA